AUGGACAAAGGUUUACAAAUCUCAAUUACUGAGAGAGAGAUUGUGGAUCAUAUUAGCACCCAGUUCCGAAAAUCCGUAGCUAAAAAGGCAGACAAGGCAAAGACAGCUGAUAGGAAGUUGUUGAGUAGAGCCAGAGUCAUUACUACUGAAGAUGUAUUGAAACUUAGAGAAGCUAGAGAUGCUGCAGAUGCAGUAACGAUUGCAAAAGCUGAAGCUAAAGAGGAGAAAAAGAAAGCGAAAGAAGACUCUUCUACACUUGACAAACCCCCAAGAGAGACCUUAAACAAUGAGGAGAAGGAUCAGGAUGAAGAAGAAUGGGUUAAUAUGGUGGAAAUGUUGGCCCCACAGGUUCUUAGACGUAGUGGGAGGCAUCAGGGUACUCAUUAG